UGCCGGGCUCCGUCUUGCAUGGCAACAGCUCUCGUCUCUUAAUUUCUUUGUCCCCUUCUCUCUCUCCGUCUGUGUCGGGUCUUCUCUCUUUGUCCCUGUGGCUUUGGAUGUUUUUGUGAGCCCUCGGAGGACAGCACAGAGGGACGUUGCUAGGCUAGUAUCUGUACACUGGACUUAUGAAUGGAACAGCCGCGUCGGUUACUAAUUUGCUUCUCUCAACAAAGCCAAAGGAAACCUCAAACUGAAGUUACAUCAGCUGUCCGUGAGCUGUCUGUUCACCAAACAGCAGAUUUGCUCCGACUAACAUCUCCUGGCAUCUUCCUGCUUUGGUCAAACCAAAUCUGGAACAUUCCCUGCCUGGAUAUUGAAUGAACAUUGUGCUGUUACCGUGGUGACACUCCAGAGGGACCUUGACCGACAGAUUUCCUACCGUAGGCACUCUGAGGGGCUGCCACCAAAAGGAACAUGUGCUAGAAGUUGUACAUCUGUCCUGAACGACUGGUCGGCUUUGACUCUAGAAAAUGAGCAAUGAGGAUGAGUUCUACGACGCCGUCACAGGCCUGGAUUCAGACGAGUCGUAUGAGGGGGUGUCGGAGGCCAGUUUCAAGGAUGCACUGGUGUUUGACGGCAACAGUCAGAAGAACAACGGAUCCGUGCCAGAGGAGAACGGCAUCAAGAAACACAGGUCAUCCUUACCUGCGCCCAUGUUUUCCAGAAACUCUGUCAGUAUCUGGAGUAUCCUGAAGAAAUGCAUCGGAAUGGAACUGUCCAAGAUCACGAUGCCCAUCGUCCUCAACGAGCCUCUGAGCUUCCUGCAGAGGAUCACAGAAUACAUGGAACACACUUACCUCAUCAACAGAGCCUGCUCGCUGUCCGACUCCAUCGAACGCAUGCAGGCUGUAGCUGCUUUUGCUGUGUCAGCAGUUGCGUCUCAGUGGGACAGAACUGGAAAACCCUUCAACCCUCUGCUGGGAGAGACCUAUGAACUCACCAGAGAGGACCAGGGUUUCCGGCUGGUAUCAGAGCAGGUAUCCCAUCAUCCCCCAGUCAGUGCCUUCCAUGCUGAGAGCCUGACCGGGGACUUCGUCUUCCACGGCUCCAUCUAUCCCAAACUCAAGUUCUGGGGCAAGAGUGUUGAGGCUGAGCCCAAAGGGACCAUCACACUAGAACUACUCAAGCACAACGAGGCGUACACAUGGAGUAACCCUCUCUGCUGUGUGCACAACGUCAUCUUGGGCAAACUAUGGAUCGAGCAGUAUGGCACAGUGGAAAUAGUCAACCACAGAACUGGAGACAAGUGUGUGUUGAAUUUCAAGCCCUGUGGGAUGUUUGGGAAGGAGCUGCACAAAGUGGAGGGAUACAUCCAGGAUAAGAGUAAAAAGAAGCACUGCAUCAUCUAUGGGAAGUGGACCGAGUGCAUGUGGAGUGUGGACCCUCAGGCUUAUGAGGGUCACAAGAAGUCAGAGAAGAAAGGCGACAACAAGAAGCACAAACAUGAGGAGCUGGAUGGAGCGGAGAACGACGAUGCAGACGACAUGCCUGACGUUCAGGAGACGGUUUCUGUCAUACCAGGAAGCACUCUGCUGUGGAGGAUAGACUCCAGACCAGCUCACUCUGCUUCGAUGUACAACUUCACCAACUUUGCGAUGUCUCUCAAUGAGCUGGAGCCUGGCAUGGAGGCCAUCUUGGCCUCCACAGACUGUCGCUUCAGGCCUGACAUCAGAGCCAUGGAGAAUGGCAACAUGGAUGAGGCCAGUAAGGAGAAGGAGAGACUGGAGGAGAAACAGAGAGCUGCGAGAAAGGAGAGAGCCAGGAAUGAUGAGGAGUGGUCCACCAGGUGGUUCCAGAUGGGCACCAACCCAUACACCGGCUCCCAGGGCUGGCUCUACACCGGUGGCUACUUCAACAGGAACUACCAGGACCUGCCCAAUAUCUACUGAUAGCCCGCUAGCCCUCAUCCUCCUCUUCCUCUUUAACCUGCAAUGAUCUGCCUGCCAUGGAAAGGAGAGAAAUGUUAAGAAUCCACAAACCCAUCCUCAUCCAGCUGCCCUCAUCAUCUUUAAACUGGCCAGCACUGAUUGGAAAGAUUUCCAGAGAAGCCAAAUGACCGUCACGUCUCCCAAACGGCGGUCUGCCUGAGGUCUGCUGAGUCUUCAGGUCUUUUUUUUUUCUCUUCACAUGAAAGAUUUCGCUCUUUCUUCACUUCAGUCUUACUGUCAUCAUCCCGUGUGGUUUAUUCACACGACUACCAGCAAAUGUUUCCCACCUCUCUGCCCCGGCAUCGUUUAGAGCACAAGAACCAUUUUAUUCCCGACCAAUCGCAGUGGCAGAGAGUUGGUAGAUGUGACACAACGGUUAACGGCCCACAGACUCAGUCUGAAUGUCUUUACAAUCAAAACUGUCCUCUGAGGAGCCGCCUCCAGGUGGCGACAUUUACUACGUUCACAUGUGUAAUUAAUGAUUAAAUAUGAGUAAAACAACAUGAAGUCAGACAGUAAUCACAGUGAUGGAUGAAUGAUGGAUUCCUGGACAUGGACGGACACAGAGUCAGUGGGGAAAUCAGGGAUGUGAAUGUUCCUUUGACUGAAGAUGGAUCUUGAGGAUGCUUUUUCUUUUUUGCAAACUUGUUAAACACUCAAAACAUGAAAAGUGCAUUGUACUCUUUAAAAAACUUAAUUCUAAAGAAAUAGUGUUGGUUUAAUUGGUCGAGAUAAAUCGAAUGCAAGCAUGAGCUCAUUACUGUCCGCGUGUCGUGUCCCUAAAACAUUUAGCUGCUCUCCCGUUAACCUCCCACUUAAGGUUUAUGCAUUGAAAUAAAUCCAGACAUGGACCGGGAAGCAGAUGUUUCCUGGACAGCAGAGUGGAAUGUGCAGCUUGAGCGGGAGCAGACCUGGGAUCAGACUUGACGUUCUCCUACAUGGAGACAGAUGAGUGAACAGAGCGCAGGUUCGGUGGCACACCUGAGCUGUUCACCUCCUUGAAAUGUAGCUCUGUUGUCUUAACACCUGGCUUAAUGUUAGCGUGUGUCUCACAGAAUAGCCGCUGGUCUUGCGCCCAGUAGAAAUGCAGUGUUGUUAUCAAUCCACUGCGCCCGCUCCUCAUGACAAUUCAAUCUGUGCCGAUUUCUGAAGGAAAACAAGAGCAGAUUGAACUAGUCGCGAUCUGUUCCUGCAGAACCGCCCUGCUGACCGAAAAACUAAUCCGACAAAAGCAGACGUGUUUUUUUUUCCCCUGUUUAACAAGUGACAGUCCGGUCUGAUGGCGCCUGCAUGUGCAUGGAAAUCUGAAGCUGGGAGACGAAAGUCACUCCCACAGAGUUAAGAGUUCUCACACUAGGAAAUGAUCUGGACACCCGACAGAUAUUUGAUUCCCAGACUAGACACAGCCACGGUAAUAAUAAAUGCACAUGAGUGUAGAAACAUGUACGGACACCUGAAGCCAUAUUAACCACAAGAGGAGUGGAUUUGCUGUGUGAAUGACAAUGUCAGCCCUCAAAAUUUAAGUUAUUAUUAACUUCACUGUCCUCACAUCAAGAUGAAGACAGUCCAGACAUUCUUCAUGUCAGUGUAAUAUAAUGCAACAUUCACCGUGAGAUGUUCUGCAGUCUGCGACUGGAGUGGACGUUAGACAUGGCUGAACGGGUCAAAGAGACGUAAAACGACCAGAAAGACAAACGAGAUGUAAAACGACUACAGAGACACACAAAGUGACUACGAAGAGACAGAAAACUACUCUAAAAGAUAAAAUGUCUAUGACUGAAGAGAGAAAAUGACUAAAGGAACAUAACAACUACAAAGAGCUGUAAAAGAGUGGAGGAGGGGGCCUUCCAAACGUUUUUUAUUAGAGCUACAUGAUCCGGAGCUUCACACAAAAUUCUACGUCCAAGCUGAAAUCAGACGAAAAGCCCUUUGUUGUGUUUGUCUGCUCUCGUUGAAGCAGAUGCAGUUCGGUGGAAGGUUGUGGCUCGUUCGUCUUGCAUCAGGAUUUCAGUCAGAGAAAUGAAUGACGAGGUUACAACCCUCAGCUCUCGCCACACCCUCACACCCACAUCACCCGCAGGCCUGAUCGCACCGGUGACGAUGUGACUUGUGGACAGCAGACAACUCGUUUUAAGAGCCCGUGUUGAGAAUGUGGAAAGUGAGCCUCCUCUCCUGCGGCCUGAAUAUCAGAUGUUUAAAGAUCACGUUUCCGUCAGUGCAUUUAGGAGCCACGACGUGUUUCACAAGACCAACUCUAUGCAACGUUCGCACCUCAGCGUCAACAGUAUGUGUCUGGUACAGCAGCUUUACAGCCUCUCUCUCACACACACACACACACACACACAUUCAGCUUUUCAGCCCGAGUCACCUGAUUUAUCUCCAAAUAAAGACUUCUUAGUUUAUCGUAGAACAUAUUCCAAAUCAUUUGACACGGUUAGAACUUGUUGAACUACUUGGCACUACAGACAGCCUCGUUUCUCAUCUUGGACCAACUUAACUUUUCAUUUGUGUCUGUUUAAAAGUUUCUUUCCAUGUCAUCCUUUAGUUUGUCAGUUUAACUUUUUUUUAAUUAUUAUUUAUGUGUAUUAUUUAUGAUGUUGGAGGUUUUAUGAAAAACAUUCUGUUGUCAGUUUUUUCUCCUUGUGCUUGUGUAUCCACCCCACACAGCCCUUCAUUCGCCUCUUUCACACAUCUGAAGUGUUUGUGCGGAGCAGCAGAGCGUCUGAUCGGGGCGUGAAGUGAACAUCAUUCACCAGCUUGCCGUUUGUACAUUCUGCUGUGGCCCGUCAGAUUUACUGUGUGUAGAAUCACUCCUUCUCUUUUCAAGCUCUUUUGGCUGCUAAAAAAAUCACGUGUGAAAUCCCAAGCAGAGUGAUUUUCAUGCCCAGAAGAUCUCCUUUAAAAAACAAAAAAAAGUAGUAGAACUCAGUCACACAAACACUACUCGAGUGGCUCUCACAGAAGGCUGUGAACUGAACACUGCUGCAGUCGUAAGUGAUUCCAAACAGCAGCUCCAGUCUGUGCUGGAAACUAGUGUUUGACUAGAAAAUAAUUCCAAUGGUCCAAGCAGCUGGUAAACACAUGAAGGGUCACAUUCGUCAGCGCUGAUUCAGACUCGACCAGUCGGCGGACUAACGCUCUGUCGUUAAACUAGAUCCAAGUUGUUGCUCUGAGCGUUUGUUCCUUCUGUAUAAAAACGUCUUCACCCUCCUUCUCUCGGAGUGAUCGCGGGAUUGUCGAUGUCGUAUAUGUGUACAAGUGCUGCACAGAGGUAAUCACAAGCAAAAUGGCAUAUUAUUUUGUGCAAUUGAUUUAUUUUUAUAGUAUUUAAACAGUUUUUGGUGAGAACAUUGUACCAGAUGUUUUAUUUUGAGGUGGGUGACUGUAUGGGGGUCGUAUCCAAUCUGUGGACAGCUUGGUAGAUUAAUGAGCGGGGGGAAAUGUCUACUAAUAAAAUCCUAAUUUCA